GCGGGCAAAGCUGGGGGACUUUGUGGUGCCCCCAGGAUGGGCACAGUUGCCAUUGCUGCUGAGAGACAGCACAGACCCCAGUUUGGCUUUGGGUGGAUCCAGCAGUGGUGGUGCCUCAGUUUUCCUGCAUGGGCUCUGCCCUGAUCCCAUGAGCUGGCAGCCCCUUUACCCUGGGAAAGGGGGCAUGAGGCACUGCCACAACCUGCUGUCCCUUUGCCACUGGCACUGUGCUGCCAGCAGCCCUGACCACGCCACCAGGCCCCCCUCCCCAUAGCUAUUUUUAUCGCCCCCCAACCGUGUUUCUCACUGUCCUAUUUUAAGCGGCGCAGUUGGCGCACCGGGAACCCAGUGCCCAGCUCCUGGGGGCCCUGCACCACCUCACUGCCUGCUCACGCUGCCCGGGUGCAGGGCACAGGGAGCCAUGCCCAGGGAGGCUGCAGAAGACAGCAUGGGAAGGGCUGAAGGUGCUGCACCAGCAGAGCCUGGGGACCCCGACAGCAGCGAGUCUGGAGCCAUCAGCCUGCGUCCCGUGGAGUCCAUCAGCGACCUGUACUGGGCCUCGGGCGGGCACAAGGGCACAGAGGGCAAUGGCCCAGCUCCCUCCAGCAGCCUGCGCCGGCCCCCACCUCGGCCCGUGUCCCCCGUGCCCCCGCAGCUCCUGCCCACCCUGCGCUCCGUGCCCCCCACCAGCCCCUGCCCCUGCCUCGGCCCUGGCCACCCCCUGCUGCUGGCCCUGCUGGCGCUCCUGGCACUGUCAAGCCUGGUCCUGGCCACACUGGCCAUCUACCUGAGUGUCCUGCAGAGCCAGUCGGUGCGGGCACUGGCCCAGUGGCUGGAGAGCCAGGAGGACGCCGUGCGCCAGCUGCGGGCAGCCAGCAAGCAGCUCUGGGCUCGCCUCAAUGCCAGUGCCCAGCCUGGUGGGCACCGCUGAGCUGCCCCAUGUCCCACCAUGGGCUCCAGGCCACCACGGGAAGGGGCACCGAAGGGCAGGAGGGGGGAGUGAGCAGGCUUACCUGCUGAGACCUGGCAGCAUCGCCCCUUGGGGCACAGGGGCAAUCCUGGCCCCUGUCCCAGGCUGUGAAAGAAAUUGGGCUGUAAGGACCUGCAUCCGCCCCAGUGACAGCCCUUCCUCUUAACAAGGCAGAAGGCAUACUUCAAUU